CUUGGUUUCCGCCCCCCCCCCAGUGAUGAUGCAGAGUUCCUGUGGAGGCUGGCCCGGGCGUCUCGGGACCUGUCCGAACUGCCCAACAUGGAGGACGGACGGAAGAAGCAGCUGAUAUUCGAGGGCUUCGAAUUUGCAAAGAAGGCACUUGAGAAGGAUGAGAAGUGUUUCGCAGCACACAAAUGGUAUGCAGUAUGUCUCAGUGAUGUAGGUGAAUACGAGGGGGUCAAGGUGAAAAUUGGAAAUUCCUACAUCAUCCGGGAACAUUUAGAGAAAGCCAUCCAGCUCAAUCCCAAAGACGCCACUUCCUUACAUAUUUUGGGUUACUGGUGAGUAAACCAUGUACUUGUCUUAUAAUACAGCUGCUAUAUCAAUUCAAAUAUGGAUACAAGUCGGUUAUACUGGGAAACUCAGUCUUCCAAGACUUCAGAGGCCAAAGGAAAAGGAAUUUGGCAGUUUGGCAGUAAGUUGUUGUAAAAACGGUGGCAGUAGUGACUGUGAAAAACAUACUAAUGCAAAGAGAAUGAGGCGUAAACCAGAUUAAAAGAAACUGUGUGUGCAUGAGACUUAAAGGUGCUCUAAACAAUGUCACGCGUUUUUUAGGCUGCAACAUUUGUCACAUACAACAAACAUCUCCUCACUAUCUGCUAGCUGCCUGUCCCCAGAACACACUGUAAAAAAA